CAAUUACCCUUGCUUAUUCUUACAUCAUGAGUAGAUAACGAGGAUUAUUCCCUUCUAUUUCCCCCUGUGGUAAAAUAACAACAAACAGCAUUUUCUCUUGGGUGGAAAAGGUUAUCGGAAGAAGGAAAAUGGGGAUAAGAUUUUUCGUAUUUCUUGUCCUUUUGGGACUAACACUUUCUACAUUAGACGCCAAGUCUUUAAAAGGACACAAGAAAUCCAAGCACGGUAAGCUCCUUAAAGCUCUCAUUCAUACGGGGCCCGAGAAAGACGAAGACACAAAGAAGAAUGAUGAACCUGCUGCCGAAGAAGCUUCAGGAAGUGCUGCUGGUGCAUCCGCAGCCGGAAGUGGAGAAGAAUCCGGCUCCACCGAAGAAGCUCCACCAACUGAAGCUGAGGCAACUUCGACGCCUAAACUACCAUAUAAGGUUGUAGGUCCUCUAGGGGGACACCCACAUCCAGGUCCUCCAGCUGCAUACAAUCCGUGUCCCCAGCCUCGAUACUGCGACCCCGCCAGGUGCAAAGAUCCAAUUGGAUGUGCUCCAUCGUGCUCUGAGACUUGCUGUGCCGAUAUUCUUAUUCCACCACCUACUCCACCCGUCGGUUCUGGGGCAGGUCCAUGCCCUGAUGCAUGCGCACCGACAUAUCAGCCUUCGUGUUGCAUGGGUGCCCCUCCCCCUAUGGCUACCCAGCCAUUUCCUCAACCCGUAUAUCCCCCUAUGGGACCUCAACCAGGAUUCGCACCCCCAGCUGGUUAUGGUCAACCUGUAGUCAUUCCGCAGCCUCCACCAGGCGGAUGUGGACAGAGCUGCUUAGCCACAAAUUGUGCCCCACCCUGCCCACCGCAGUGCUGUCGAAGAAAGAAGUCAGUGAUUCACCACCACGACCGUAAGACGAGAUCUUUAACGUCACGCUUUGCAAUGUGCCACUAGUCUUUCAAAAAUAGAUUUACACGGGUCAGACAUCGUGGAAGACGAAGCGAGCAUGUUUUAAUAUGCUUAUAGUUAUCAAUCAGAAAAAAAGGUGUUCAUACUUCUCUUUCCUAAAACAACUUCCCGAGCUAACUCUAGGCUUUGGCUUAACGGAAUAGCUAACAAUUUGUAUUUAGAGAAGGUUAUAAAAAAUUUGGAAUUUAGGAAAGAAAAGCCACACAUAAAGACACUUAACUUCAACAUUACUGUGGCUUUCGACGACAUAGAUUAUGCCUGUUUCUAGUAUAAGGGUCUUGAAUGUUGGUAAAACGAAGGUGAUUUUCUUUACUACGGUUAUACAGGUUUUUCCACAUCAUAACCCUUAAGAAGACAUUUGGUGAUAUUAAAGAGCCCGAUAAGUAUCUGCUUCAUGACAGGAGUGUAGAUAAAUUGGGUCUGCCAGACUUUCUUGAAGGUCAAGAGGAUUUAUUUCUUCUUUCCCUUUUUCGAAAAAAUAAAAACGAGUUCAUAGUUCA